CUCCGGAAGUUGCUAAAACGAAGCGUUUCCGGAAGUUGCCGAGAUCGUCCGGAAGGUUCCGAGAGCAGAGCAUCGGAGAAGCAGGAUGGCGGACUUGAUUAAGAAGCUGCGGGCAGAGGGCAUCGAGAAGCGGGUUGUACAGGAGGGCACCGGGGAGCUGCCCGAUUUCCAGGACGGGACCAAGGCCACCUUCCAUUUCCGGACCCUGCGCAGCGACGAGGAGGGAGCGGUCAUCGAUGACAGCCGCCAGCGGGGGAAGCCCAUGGAGCUCAUCCUGGGCAAGCAGUUCAAGCUGCCCGUGUGGGAGACCAUCGUGCGCAGCAUGCGGCCCGGGGAGGUGGCCGAGUUCCUGUGCGACGUGAAGCACGUGGUCCUGUACCCGCUGGUGUCGAAGAGUCUCCGUAACAUCGCGGCGGGCAAGGACCCCCUGGAGGGCCAGCGGCAUUGCUGCGGCAUCGCCCAGAUGCAGGAGCACAGCUCCCUGGGCCACGCCGACCUGGACGAGCUGCAGCAGCGCCCCCAGCCCCUCAUCUUCCACAUAGAAAUGAUCAAGGUCGAGGCUCCUGGCACGUACCAGCAGGACCCGUGGGCCAUGAGCGACGAGGAGAAGAUGAAGGCCGUCCCCCUGAUCCACGAGGAGGGCAACCGCCUGUACCGGGAGGGGCGCAUCAAGGAGGCCUCCGUCAAGUACUACGACGCCAUCGCCUGCCUCAAGAACCUGCAGAUGAAGGAGCAGCCCGGCUCUGCCGACUGGAUCCAGCUGGACCUGCAGAUCACGCCGCUGCUGCUCAACUACUGCCAGUGCAAGCUGGUGGCCCAGGAGUACUACGAGGUUCUGGAUCACUGCUCCUCCAUCCUCAAUAAACAACGUGAAGGCCUAUUUCAAGCGGGGCAAGGCCCACGCGGCCGUGUGGAACGCGCAGGAGGCGCAGGCCGACUUCGCCAAAGUGCUGCAGCUGCAGCCGGCGCUGGGCCCGGUGGUGAGCCGCGAGCUGCGGGAGCUGCAGCACCGGCUGCGCCAGAAGGACCUGGAGGACAAGGCCCGCUUCCAGGGCAUCUUCUCGUGACCCGCCCCCCGCAUAAAUCUCGUAUUUAUCUGCCCGCCUGAGUCCCGGCUCCUCUG